CGACGUAAAAUAACAAAUGGCAUGUGCUUGUCGACGCGAACUAACCAAGUGUCCGAAAUGGGAGAUUGAAAUUAACAGCAGAUUUAUAGAGAAGAAACAUUUCUUUUCAGAUUGCCUCCCAGGACGGUACGAAGGCUGUACCUCUGAGCGUCGACGUCAAAACUUGAAAAUACUCUUCAACCACACAACUAUUAUGCCAUUCAAAUGGAGAGGCAAAUAUCUUUGCUUUUAUUGCGGUCAAAACUAUACCGAAUACCCAGAAUUCCGAAAACAUACAAAAUCUCACGGCCUUUGUACCACAAAAGAUUAUUCCCUCAAAAUUAUCAAAGGGAACCAUGUGGAAAUUAAGAUUGACGUCUCAGAAAUUGGUUGCGAAAUAUGCAAUGAACCCUUCAAUCGACUUGAUGAAGUAAUCGAUCAUUUGAUCGUUAAACAUGACUUUGAAUACAACAAAAAGAUCGAUAUACCGUUCCAAGAGUAUCGAUUAGUCGAUUUUCGGUGCUUACAUUGUGAAGAACAAUUCUCUUACUUCGGAUACUUGGUUAAACACGUGAAUACAGUUCAUCCACAAAAUUGCUUUAUCUGUGAUCAUUGUAGAGCCACCUUCAACAAAAAGAGGGAUUUAGAUUUUCAUCUUAGAAAUUAUCAUCGGCAAGGAGGUUACCCAUGCGAUUUAUGUCUGAAAAACUUUGAAAAUUGCAUCCAAUUGAGAAAACAUAAGAACAACACCCAUUUUAGACAAUGCAAGAGCUGCGGAUCCUCUUUUGGGUCCCUUUCUCUCUUACAAAAACAUAUACAGGUCGAUCAUUCCCAAAAUAACCUAAAAUGCUCGUAUUGCUCCAAAGAAUUUCACACUACUCUAGGAUUGAAACAACAUUUGAGCAAGUGCAAGGUCAAAAUAUUGUCCAAAGUUGAGCCACAAGUGUCCUUAAACGAAACACAGCAAGCAGAACCAACUAAGAAGCAAAAUGUUCUACAAAUCAGACAGAACAUACAGUGUGUCCUAAACAUGUCGACAGCGGUGCCUUUCAAAUUCUUCGCAAAAUAUUUCUGCUUCUAUUGUUCGAAAAAGUUCGUCGAAUUUGACGAUUUGAAGACUCAUACGAAUUUAGAACAUCCCGUUUGCGAUUUAAAGUCUAAAAGUAUGAAAAAUUUCAAAGGUGAACGGACUACGGUCAAGGUUGACAUAUCGGCUUUAGCUUGCAAGCUGUGUUGUGUAUCAAUACCCAAUUUGGAUGAUCUGAUAACCCAUUUAAUAGCAGAACAUAAAGCGAAUUACGACACUACUAUAAAAGGGUGUUUAGAACCCUUCAGGGUCAUAAAGGACAAUAUGCCUUGUCCAAUAUGUCCAGAUACAGUAUUCCGAUACUUCGGCAUCCUACUAAGACAUAUGAACUCAGAACAUAGCAAUAAUAAUCGGAUAUGCGAUUUCUGCGGCCGAAGUUUUCGAAACGCCGCGAACUUGAAGGUCCAUAUAACGUAUGCGCACACAGGAUCGUGCGAAUGUGAUAUUUGCGGGAUUAAAUACAAAAACCAAUGGUGUUUGAGUCGCCAUAGGGCUAAGACUCACGACGCGAAGGACUACAAAUGUCCAAAAUGUCCGGAACAGUUUCAAUCUGAGUACCACAAACAAAAACAUUUGAUCAAAGUCCAUAAUGUGGGUCAUAAAUGCAGUUAUUGUGGGAAGAUGUUUACUAGGAAUUCUUUUAUGAAGGAUCACGUAAGACGGACGCAUUUGAAAGAAAAAAAUAUUCCAUGUUCCAUAUGUAAUGAGAAGUUCUUUGAUAAUUAUCUGUUGAGGAUGCAUAUGGUCAAACAUGAAGGCGAAAGAAAGUUUAGUUGUACAGUUUGCGGUAAAGCCUUUUUAAGGAAAAGUAAUUUGAGCUCCCAUAUGGAGAUGCACAAGAAGUAUGGUCAUAUACCGUUGCAGAUAUAGUGUUUAGUACUCAUAUUUAAUUAUACCUAGCUUCUGCCCGCGACUUCGUAUGCGCAAUCCCGUUUAUUCCCGUUCCGAUUCGUGAUUUUUGGUAAAAAGUAAAAAAGUUCAGAUAUCAAGGGAAAUAGCGCUUCAUGUUGAUAUAUAUCAAUACAGAUGUUUAAUAAUUGCAAAGUUUGUUUGUCUACCAAAAGAAAUCAAUAGAGCAUUCUUAUUUUAAACUUUAUUAUUGAAUACGUUUUUAUACUAACUAUUGUGGGACAUACUAAAUUAACUAUAAAUCACGGUCGCAGCGACGUCACUCAACCUAUUGUCAUUGCCGUGUCCGAGCACGCUGCUUAUGAGGAAGAGCCCCUAUGUGGCUCGAAACUAAAAGAAAUUCUCUCAGUAUAUUCAUGUUAGUAAACCGCGAUUUUUAGUUAAUUUAUUGAAUACGUAUUCAAUGUCUCAUUAAUGUCUGAAAUGUCUUGUAUCCUAUACAAUAUUGUAAUUAAUUUUACUGCACAUACUAGUAAUUUUACUGUCUUUCAAAUUGUCAGCAUUUACGUGAUCUCGAUGAAAUUUUACUAAAUAGACUUGUAGAGGCUGCUCUUAAGUAAUAAACAAAUCCUACAUACGUUCCAUUUGUACCCUAUUCAAGUUUGAAAUGAAUAAAUAAAGCCAAAAUUACGUAUACGCCAGGUUUCGAUUAAAUAAUCGGACAAUAGAACUAAGAUUACUUAUAUUAUAUCGGUUUUGUAUAACUACUAUAAAAUUCUAUACUUACGUAUAGCUGAUUCUCAUCUUACAUUUUACGGGGAUGCCCGACUAGUUUCGAAGCCAACUGGAGCUCACAAAAGCAUAAGCUGUAAUUAUAUUGUUACAUCUUACCAUAUUGUUGUAUAAAAUAGAAUUGCAGCUAUAUAUUCAAAUAAAUCAUGUUAAUUAGGUACUGUAGGCCAGGGCUGUCCAAACUAUAUACCCUCGCGGGCUAGUUAAAUUUCUUACUAAACCUGGAGGGCCAGAAAAAUAUUUUCAGUUGUAUAAUGACGUUUAACAUAGCUUCUCACGUAGCUUCCUGCCUCGCACAGUAAA